UAAAUAAUUAAUUAUUUAUUUUUAUUAUAUUAAAUCUUAAUUACUACUAUAUAUAUUUAUAUUAAUAAAAUCUCAAUUAAGUAUAUAUAUAUAUAUAUAUAUGGAUUCAUCAAGUGGGAUAUCGUCGAAUUCAUCGUCCGGGCUACAGAAUUCGGGUUCCGAAGGAGAUCUACUGGAUCAACGGAAGAGAAAAAGGAUGAUUUCAAACAGGGAGUCGGCUCGGCGGAGCCGGCUCAGGAAACAGAAGCAUCUCGACGGCUUGAUGGCUCAGGUGGCUCACCUCAGGAAGGAGAAUCACCACAUGCUCACCGCCUUGAAUCUUACCGCUCACCACUAUGUGGGGGUUGAAUCCGAGAACACUAUUUUGAGAGCUCAGGCGGCUGAGCUGACAAGCCGGCUCCACUCGCUGAACGAGAUUGUCAGCUUCUUGUGCGCCGGGAACAACGACGGCUUCCCGAGUGAGGAGGAGCCGGUUUAUGGAAUGGACUAUGGUUGGAAUUGGAAUUGUUCGAGCCAGCCGAUUAUUAUGACGGCGGCGGCGGCUUCAGCUGAUGCUGGGUUUCUGUAUUGAUUGAUAUCUCCUAAUGAACCUUUUUAAGAAAUUAGUCUUAUAAUAAUCAAUUAAUUAAUUAAUGUGGUAUGGAGAUUAAUGAUUAUUACUAGCUGGAGUUGGGAAGAAAAAAAUUACUAGUAAUUAAUUAAUUAAUAAAAUAUGUAUUAGACUAUAUUAGGGUUCUUGUUAAAAAGAGGCAUAUAUUCCACACAACUGAAGUAUGGCUCUUCAAGAACUUUUGUAAUUUGUAAUUUGUAAUUUGCUUCCAAUUAUGCAAUAAUAGUUAUUUUAUUAUGGAUUUAAAAAUUUAU